UUUUCCGUGAUCGACUCUGAAUGCAGCACUACGUUUGUACGUCGCAGCGUCACAGCCUCGUCCCUCCCUUCUUGAGUGUGCGUGCACGGCUUCUCCGCUGAAUACUAGACAUCAUGGCGUCCUUAUCGAUGGCCCCGGUCAACAUCUUCAAACAUGGAGCAGAUGAAGAAAAAGCAGAGACUGCCCGACUGUCAUCUUUUAUUGGUGCCAUCGCCAUUGGUGAUCUGGUGAAGAGCACUCUUGGCCCGAAGGGGAUGGAUAAGAUCCUGCUCGGUGGCGGGAAGGCCGGAACAGUGACUGUGACCAAUGAUGGCGCAACCAUCCUGAAAGCUAUCGGCGUCGACAACCCAGCUGCCAAAGUUCUGGUUGACAUGUCCAAAGUUCAGGACGAUGAAGUCGGAGAUGGGACGACCUCCGUCACCGUGCUCGCCGCAGAGCUGCUGCGGGAGGCGGAGCUUCUGAUCGCCAGGAAGAUCCACCCACAGACCAUCAUCUCCGGCUGGAGGAAAGCGACUCAGGCGGCCAGAGAGGCUCUGAGGGACGCCGCCGUCGACCACAGCAACGACCCAGCUCGUUUCCAGGAGGACCUGCUGAACAUCGCCCGCACCACACUGUCCUCCAAGCUGCUCACUCACCACAAAGAUCACUUCGCCAAGCUUGCCGUCAACGCCGUCAUGAGGCUGAAAGGCUCUGGAAACUUGGAGGCCAUCCACAUCAUCAAGAAGCUGGGAGGCAGCCUCACCGACUCCUACCUGGAUGAAGGUUUCCUAUUGGACAAGAAGAUCGGUGUGAACCAGCCAAAGAGGCUGGAGAACGCCAACAUCCUGAUCGCCAACACCGGCAUGGACACUGAUAAGAUCAAGAUCUUUGGCUCCAGGGUUCGCGUUGACUCGACAGCAAAGGUCGCAGAGAUCGAACUCGCAGAGAAAGAGAAGAUGAAGGAGAAGGUCGACAGAAUCCUGAAACACGGCAUCAACUGCUUCAUCAACAGGCAGCUCAUCUAUAACUACCCAGAGCAGCUCUUCGCUCAGGCUGGCGUCAUGGCCAUCGAGCACGCCGACUUCGCUGGCAUUGAGCGCCUCGCUCUCGUCACCGGUGGGGAGAUCACCUCCACCUUUGACCACCCAGAGCUGGUGAAGCUCGGGCACUGCAAGCUGAUCGAGGAGGUGAUGAUCGGCGAAGACACGCUCAUCCACUUCUCUGGAGUUGCCAUGGGUGAGGCAUGCACCGUCGUCCUGCGGGGAGCGACCCAGCAGAUCCUGGAUGAAGCAGAGCGCUCACUGCACGACGCUCUGUGUGUGCUCGCACAGACGGUGAAGGAGCCACGCACCGUCUAUGGAGGAGGCUGCUCUGAGAUGCUGAUGGCCAAGGUUGUGAGUGAUCUGGCCAACAGGACGCCAGGAAAGGAGUCGGUUGCCAUGGAGUCAUUUGCCAAGGCUCUGAUGAUGCUGCCAACCAUCAUCGCAGACAACGCCGGAUACGACAGCGCCGACCUGGUGGCUCAGCUCAGAGCUGCACAUCAGGAGAACAAGACCACGUUUGGACUGAACAUGUCUGAUGGCACGGUGGGAAACAUGGUGGAUCUCUGCAUCACAGAGUCGUUCCAAGUGAAGCGCCAGAUGUUGCUGAGCGCGUCUGAGGCCGCUGAGAUGAUCCUAAGAGUGGACAACAUCAUCAAAGCUGCACCCAGGAAGCGAGUUCCCGACCAUCACCCCUGCUAGAGGAAGAGGAGGAUGAGAAAAAACAAACGGGGAUCACUUUAGUUAUUUAUCACUUCUGUGUAGUUCAAAUUACAUCAAAUUGUCAAAUCUUUUUUCUCUGUUGAAUUGGCUGAUGCUGUCUAACCACCAGACACAGCUUCCAUCAGUGGCUCUGCUAAUGCUAGCUAAUGCUGUGCAGUUUCAGCAUAAAGUGAAGGUGAGAAGUCUUUGUUUUUGUUUCUUAUGCUAACAUUAGCUGAGCACUUGGCCCAGGCUGGUUGGUGCCAGCUACGCUUAGGACAGAAGUUUGAACAUUGUUUUGUUUACUGAAUAAAUGAACCGGUCACCAUUACCUGA